AUAUCUAGCCCACCCCCAAAAUCAAAACCCAGCCCAUCCAAAGUUUAAUGGAGGUCUUUUACCCUCUCUACGCAAUUUGCCAAUUGCGAUUUUGGGAAGACGAAGCGUGAAGAGCAAAAAAGAUCAGAGUAGAGGAAGUCUAGCCAACAUUGGUCACCAGCCGCCUUCUUUCCAGGUCCAGCACUCGCCGCGCACCGCUCCAGGCUCCUCCAUCUGUCCAAGUAUCCACAGCUCAAGCUCCGGUGCUCCACCGCUUCAGCCUCCAGCCCUCCAAACUUUCUUUCCGCACUAUCACCUUAAAGCUAGACGCUGUUCAACUCCUUCGGCAUCACUUUGUAUCACAAUUCCUUCCUGCUCAAUGGCUGAACAGAACCGGAAAAGGCAGAUGCCGACCAUUCCACCGUACAUGAAGGCCAUUUCCGGAUCUCUGGGAGGAAUCGUGGAGGCAAGCUGCUUGCAGCCCAUUGAUGUCAUCAAGACUCGGCUUCAGCUGGACCGGUCGGGUUCGUACAAGGGGAUCGUCCACUGUGGCUCCACCAUCAUCAAUAAGGAAGGCCUACGGGCUCUAUGGAAGGGAUUAACGCCCUUCGCUACUCAUCUAACUCUAAAAUAUGCCCUUCGGAUGGGAUCGAACGCGGUACUACAGUCUGCUUUCAAGGACUCCAAGACGGGGAAUCUCAGUCCUUACGGAAGGGUUCUAUCUGGUUUCGGAGCUGGCGUUCUCGAAGCUCUCGUCAUUGUCACCCCUUUCGAGACUAUAGCUCCCUAAUCGAUGCAGCCAAACAAGUCACACAGCUAUGUGGUGUCGAAAGGUCAAUAGCUCAUCUAGUUCAGUUGAUGUAGGUGGUGAAAAUUCAGCUACAACAGCAAAGAGGUUUAAGCCCGGAGUUUCUAAGAUACAAGGGGCCCAUACAUUGUGCCCGGUCGAUUAUCCAUGAAGAAGGGAUUCGUGGCCUAUGGGCUGGAGCUUCCCCAACUGUGAUGCGAAACGGGACGAAUCAGGCUGCCAUGUUUACAGCCAAGAAUGCAUUUGACACGUUACUAUGGAAGAAACUUGAAGGUGAUGGCCAAGUUCUUCAGCCAUGGCAGUCUAUGAUAUCAGGGUUCCUUGCAGGAACGGCUGGUCCUAUUUGUACUGGACCUUUUGAUGUCGUGAAAACAAGGCUGAUGGCUCAAAACCGGUCAGCGGGUGAUUUGAAGUACAGAGGAAUGUUUCAUGCUAUCUCUACUAUAUAUACUGAAGAAGGUCUGCGUGCUCUAUGGAAAGGUUUACUUCCCAGGCUUAUGAGGAUCCCCCCUGGGCAGGCCAUCAUGUGGGCUGUUGCUGACCAAGUAAUUGGUUUGUACGAAAGAAGACAUAGUAUAGCUUUAUAGGUAGCUUGCCAUUGCCGUUGUUUUUCUUCUUGCUGUCUUUUAGUUUAUUCUUUGGCGAAGCUUGCAAGCUGUUUCAAGCCAUUUGAUUUCAUUUCGGUCAUACUUUUAUUAAAUGACACGGUAAUUUAGUCUCCUGCAAAAAGUCUUGGACUAGGCAGCAACACUGAGACUUCAUUAUAAGUAUUGCUCAAAGCACCUGUUUAACAUAUGCUCGACCUUUCAAAGCUAUACAGUGUGAGCCUGGACCAGCUGCUUGUCAUAGCACAUCCAUUCUAUUGGAAUGGGGCAGUUUAGAUGGGGUGGAUGUCAGAUCUAGUGAUCCCUGUUGACCUGCUCAAAAUUUGACUGGUUGAUGCCUGUAUAUUAGACAAGCAAUUUAAUAUUUAUAGAUGGAUGUUAUAUUUCUGUUUAUCUUUUCAUUUUUUAAAUCGGUCAAUUAUAGUGUUGUCAAAAGAAUCCAUUUGUUUAACUAUAUAACUAUAUUGAUGUGAAAAAU